AUGCAAUCAGGAGAGUUAGAGAAUGGUCCCAAAGAACAAUUGUCUCAAGAUAAUCAUGGUAGGAAUAAAUUAGAGGCCGCGCUCACCCUUCCGAGAGAUAAAUAUCCUAGCCGUUGCGCUUUCGAAUUAAGGAAUGAAGUUUUUCGAAGGAUUUUACUGGUGGAGUUUUUCCUUUGCAUCAUAUUAUCAAAGACAUACGUGGAUAAGGAAAUUUCUGCAAAAAGAAUUUCAGAAGCGAUUGUGCUAGCUACCGGGGUUAUUGGCUGCACUGUGGCUGCGUUUGGAAGGAGCCCCUUGUCACAAACAGCUCAAAUGAAACUUUUAAAAGAAGUAAUCGCCAAUCGUCCUGGCGUGUUAUUAGGCCCGUGGGAAACUGUCGCUGCACAUAUGAAUGAAUAUCUCUGUGGAACGGGCGCUGCAUCCAGUCCUGGAUACUAUUUUGAUGGUAGCGAUUGUUAUGUUCAUUUUAAGUGCAUGUUUAUGAACGAGUUUGUUUCGAGAAAUCCCAGACGAGCAAAUUGCAAUCACAAUAACGACACGGAAAUUAGCUUACUUAUUGACCAAGCAGUGAAAGUUCACAGACAAAGUGUAAGAGACUACUGGGACAAAAAAAUUGACAACUAUUGGAGAAAGAGACUAGCAGAAGAGGCAUCAUCUCAGCACCCUUGA